AUUGUAGAAAAUAGUGCAUACCUCCUUAGUCCGUACUGUUGAAUCUAUCUUGAGUGUCUUGAUCAAGCGUUUUGCUUUAGGAUUGUGGCUUUGGUAUUAGUCGAGUAUUUUGUUUUAACGUAGAUUCUAAGUUUCAGAGAUGAGUCGCAGCAGUUUUUUAGAACGAUUAACUUUUGCUUGACUAGUUACCCCUUAUUUUAGGACUAGUAGCUGUUGAUUGCUUGACUAGUUACCCCUUAUUUUAGGACUAGUAGCUGUUGAUUAGCGGAUGGUAACGUAGCAUGAGAUUAUGUCUCCUGUUACUGUUCCCAAUAAUAUCCCUACAAUCUGGUGACCUCUCCCCUUUCAUCAGACCCACCAGAUACGACCUUGUCUUCGAUACUGACUUCAACUCCUGGACUUACUCCGGCUCCGUUAAUAUCCAGUUCGAUGUUCUGAAACAGAGCCAUGAGAUCAGGCUUCACGCAAGCGAAACUGUUAAUAUCUCCGAGCUCACUGUCCAAGGUGUGAGUUUAAACCAUCCACUAGCCUACCUGACCUCCCGAGCCACCUCUCUGUUGUAUGGCACCUGGAAGUUGAAUUACAAAUGUAAACCUUGUUCCUCACAUCGCUGGAACACCGCCAAAGAUCUGCUGAUAAUAAAACUAGGUAGUGCUCUCCCUCCCGGACAUUAUGUUAUAAAGAGCUUGUUCUCAGGGACGGUUUCCACCAAACUUACUGGAUAUUACAGAACUGGCUACACCCUGGCACAUGGUGGAGGGUACGUCAAGAUGGCCUCCACUCAUCUGUCCCCAGACAAAGCACGGACAGUAUUCCCGUCUUUUGAUGAGCCUCAGUUUCGGGCAGUGUUCUCCCUGACUGUAAUCCAUCCUAACAACCUCAUUGCCACGUCUAACAUGCCUGUAAGUAAGGAGGUGUUACUGGCUGAUGGCAGGAAAAGUACUAAGUUUGAGGACACACCUGGCAUGUCAACUUAUCUGCUGGCUUGGGUUCAACACAAUUUCGUGUUUGAGGAGCGGAUCAUUGAAGGAGUACGCAUGAGACAUUAUGCACGUCCCGCAUACAGGAGCGUCAUUGCAGAGAAGAUUGAAAUUGUUGGAAAAAGUGUAAAAUUCUACAACGAUUUCUUCAAGAUACCCUUCCCUCUACCGAAGUUAGACACUAUUGGUAUCCCCAACUAUCUGGUUGGAGGCAUGGAGAACUGGGGUUUGAUAACUUUAACUGAAAAUGCAGCUCUGUCCCGUCCAAGACAGAGGUUUGGUUCAGGCGAGAUAGGCUUUAGAAACCUGCUUGCACACGAGGUGUCUCACAUGUGGUUCGGUAACUUGGUGACCAUGUACUGGUGGGAUGACCUGUGGUUGAAAGAGGGGAUGGCCUCUUAUCUCUCCUACCCUUGUGCUGACUCUCUCUAUGACGAUGUGAAGAUGAUGGACCAGUUCAUGAUAAAUAACUGGCAAAAAGCCAUGUUUGCUGACGAUAUCAUCACAUCUCACCCCGUACAGAUGCCGAUCCACGUGACUUCUCAGAUAACCCAGAUAUUUGAUUCCAUCACGUACAAGAAAGGAGCCACUGUUCUGGCUAUGAUGAGGGACGUUAUGGGAGAAGAAGGGUUCAAGUCGGGUAUGACCCACUUCUUGAACACGUACAAGUACUCCACAGCAAGGUACCGGGACCUGUUGACCAGCAUGACCAGGUACUGUAAUAACGGUGCUGAACUAAGACUCCUUAUGAACUCCUUCAUUCUCCAGAAGAAUUAUCCCCUGAUUGAGCUUCAAAUUCUGAGCGAUAAGCAGAUUCGCCUGGUUCAGUCUAGGUAUGUAAGAGAUAGUGGUAUGAUUAUAAAAAAUGACAUUUCCCCCUUCAACUACUCCUGGUACAUCCCAAUCACCAUAGUAACCGACUCUAUGUCUUACACCGCUGAUAAACACAUAAUGAUGAAAGAAAAAGAAAUGGUCCUCACGCUCUCCAAACCGUUCAAGUGGAUAAAACUGAACAGCGAAGGAAAGCACAUGUACGUGACCCAUUACUCUAGCUCCAACCUUGACAAGACACUGGAGGUGGUCAGAGAGAACACACUGGACCCCUCCCUCGGAACCAUGAACCACCGCGACCGAGCUCACGUCAUAUGUGACAUCUUCAGUGCUGCUCAGGUCAAGCUAGUGCCUUACAGCACCGCAUUUGAGGCGGCCAAGUGCCUUAGGGAGGAACAGCAUUAUCUACCCUGGACGCUGAUCUACAAGUACUUUAAAACUAUCCGCUCUAUGAUCGACGAGAGCUGGGCUGACUGCUACAGGAAGUACAUAGUGUACCUCCUGCUGCCUCAAUACAAAGCCACCAAGGGUUCUAAAGAAACACUCGUGGAACAACUAAAGUUCGAGAUAUUUAUGAAAUAUGCUCGUUACAUCAGAGGUGAAAGGAAACCGACCAUAUAUGACGGAAAGGAUUUGUCAGAGCUUGUUUCACAAUACAAAGCCUCAGCUCCACAAGAACGAGCAGACAUGGACUUGUUGGUCCAGACCUCGGACGGAGCUGAGAUCGAGCUAAUCGGCAACACCCUCCUACAGUACCCCUCUACAUCUGUCAGUGUGAUCAUAAACUUCAUAUCCUACUACAGCAGUGUAGCCCCAGAUGUGGUGUGGCAUGUGUACAGAGACAACUACCAAGUAUACAAUGACAAAUACGGACUGGCCCAGUUUGAGUACGCUAAUGCUCUCAAGACCAUGACAAAGAGACAAAGGAACAGCCAGACAAUAGCGGAGAUUGAGGGGUUCUUUAAAGAUCACACUGCUGGAGCGGGCUAUUUGGGUCUUCAGAACGGCCUCGAGGAAGCCAAGUUUGUGAGCAAGUUUAAACAGGAGUCAGAACCAGAGUUGAAAAGGUAUUUGGAGGGUCAAAGGUUCUGUCAGGAUGAAUAGAGUUGUAAGGUGCGGGCACCUACAGCGUGGACCACAUGAAAAGGCAGUAAUGUUUGCUCAUCGUCAUGGAGAUUGGAGACUAACCCUGCCAAGAAUUCCUAUUGGUUGAUGUGUGAAUAAUUAUAAAGUUACUAAAGAUUAGCAUUUUAUUUCUCUGUUGGUUAACAUUAAAUUAUGAUUUACUUUCAAUUUCACCUAUUUAUUAAUAUUAUGUAUUUCGGGUUAAUCGAGGGAAAAUUAGUGUAGAUUAGUUUAUCUAAUUUAUCUAUUUAAUUUCCCAUUAUGACAUUUGAAGUUGUGGUGUACACAAAAUUUUUAUCAUUCCUGUAAAAAAAGGACAAUAUGUUAUGGGAUUCCGAUUAUUAUUUUCUGACAAGCAUUUAUAAUUAUAGUUGACGGCCAAUGCACAUUAGGCUUGAUUUCUGAAGAAAUGUUUUUGUUAGUUUAAACUGUAGUGGUUGAUACUCUUAA